GAGUCAUAGUCUUCUCGGGUGGAUGACAAGAUCUGGUAACGAUGACGACGAUGACGAUAAUUAUCAUAAUGAUGACAAUGAUGGUAGGUUUGCUGGUGGUGAUGAUGAUGAUCGCUAACAACAUCUCCUAUAGGUCAGAGUGGCGACGAAUAUAGUCACCCGUCAUAUGUGAGGUGUCGGUUUUCUCGCAAUCUAGCAUUCUGCCUACCUCUGCAUUAUCUCGUAAAGUUAUCUGUGCCAGGGACGAUUCCUUUCAUGUAAUCAAGUGACGAGCAGAGGACGGAGCGCGGAUUGUCAAAUCUUUAGGGGCUCUCGCCCUUCCUUUUCGGUGAUCUAAUUCUGCGACUUCCACAUUUCAGCAAGGUACUACUGAGAUAGAGUACAGUAGAAUAAAGAGUUUUUGUGGAGAGAGGGAAGAUAAAGGCGAGUACAGAUGGGAGAGGUAGGCAAUAUCCUAGAAUGCACUAUUUGAAGUAAAACCUCAUUGGCUGAGGCGGGCUAGGUAAUCCCUCUGUCGCCGUCCCCUUUCCAAGGAGGAACCAAUAGAAAUCAUCAUCAUGGUUGCUUGCUGCAGUCGAAGGUUUCACCGAGCCGGCGCCCGUUUCUUACCAGAAAACCUAAUUCUGCUAAUUUUCUUGUGGUGUGAACACACGUUUAUUUAAACUUCAUCACUUCUUAUCACAACAAGGCAUCUGUGUAAUUAAAAUCUGAUUCUUUAUUAUUCUUAUUAUUCACCUUGUUUUUCCGUGCAAUUAAUGGUUUAACCCCACAGCCUUCUCUCGAGGCGCGCGCACAUUGAACGUGCCAAAGGCAGAAGAAGAAACGACCCGAGUUUUGGCGUCAAGGAACAAGCUCUCGGUUCCGUUCUGUUUCUCCUCCCUCGAUGCAAGACCUGCGGUUUCUCCGCUGUAUUCUCUACUUCUGCACCGUGUGCAACAUUUUUUGGGUUGUUACAAGAAUCGAUGCUCUCAGUAGGGGACUCAACAAGGAAAAAGCCAUGUUCCACAUUAUCUAUGGCGUCGGAUCUACCCUCGACCUAGUCAGCGACGUAACCAUGCUUCAUGCGUUGAGAAACCCGAGUCAGGCAAAGCAGAAGUUUCGACUGUUCCUCAUCUGGAACACCUUGUCUACCUGCGGCUACAACGUCGGGGGCUUGUUCCUGGAAUUUUUAAACAGCAAGCACACGGACGAAAAAUCGAAAAAUCGGACGAAGGACGAAAAAUCGCUUGAUACCCGUAUUUUCUUCGUCGUCGUAGUAAUCUACACUGCGAUCUUUCUUGUAAAGGUCUGUAUCCUGUACGCUUUGUACCAGGUCUACCAGAACUACGAUCGCAUCGCGGCCAACGAGGAAGAACAGAACCUGGCUCCGCAGCCCGGAAUAUUCUCCAAUGCGCCGCCGGUCGCAUAUCGGUUCGAACCCGGAAGCCAACCCGGGGUUCCGGUCAUGCCUACCGGGCCAGCGUUGCUCGCGGCUCCCGCGUUGGGUGGAUACCCAAAAGCGACUCCGGGCCCGGCGGGCUUUCCCAGUACCAGGCCUGCUCGUUGAAUGACUGUUUUUCAAUCUAGCGACAUGACUGAUGAUUUGAAAACCUGCAAAUGUUUCACAAGAAAGCAGUUAACCUUUUAAACCAAAAGCAACAGUGGCAAAAAAAUAUGUUUUUGACUUGAAUCUUGGCAACCAGCGCAAACAGAACUUUCGGGAAAGAAUUGCUAACAUUGCUCUCAAAUACUGGUGUAGCUGUUCUAUAAAUGCUCCUAACGAUGAAUAUUGUUUA